AUGGACCCACAGAACACCUCUAAUUACUUGUAUCAGCAUGGCUCGAACCGGAGGGGCUUCUCAGGGCAGAACACGAGCCGCUGGGAAGACACAGCAACGUCGAGAACGGCUGCAUUUGGUGGGACAGGCAUGAUGUUAUCAUACUCUAACCAAAGUAGCAACAGUGCGAGUUCAGGACAUUCUGCUGCCACUAAUCUCUCGGCCCCUGCCUCGAUACCCUUCUCUACAACCAUGUCAUCCUAUGAUCAGCAGCUUCCGAUGUUCGACUACGGUCAGAGCUACUCACCUGCCCUGUCGUUUGCAUCCUUGCCUGCAAGCAUGCUCAACUAUGGAUCUCUCGACCAGACAACUAUAGCCUGCCCCCAACGCUACGAACGCGAAAGGCGAGAGACACCAUCGACCCUUGGCUGGGCGCCAGAUUAUGUACCACUAAGUGCUUAUAUAUUCAUUGUCCCCAAGGGGGAGGAACCAUACUGGCGUUUGCAACCUCAUCACCCAGUAACGGAUAAAACCCCUGAGAGGGGCCAAUACCCGUGCCAGUAUCCUGGUUGUUCUAACCCCAGGAAGCUAUUCAAGAGGCAGGCCGACCUUGAGCGGCAUUAUACUGUGCAUGCGCCUAAGGAGCAGAGGGAGCACUAUAAAUGCGAUUAUCCGAGAUGCGAGAGAGCAAAAGACCCUUUCACACGGAAGGACCAUUACAGAGAUCACAUGAGAGACUUCCACAUGGAGGACCUUGGUCAAGCCAAGGGAGCAAAGAAGCUAGAGCGACAGAAAUGGGAGAGAGCCCAAGAAGUAUGGCUCGCUGAACGCAGGAUCAGCCCGAACUGGUGGCGAUGCGCCAAAUGCUUAUCAAGAGUGUAUGUUAAGGAGGAAGGCUGGGAAUGCCGCAAGUGCAAUGCUGCCUGCGAGGCAGAACGGAAGGCAGCACGUCGUCGGAUGAGGACCGAUGAGGCGACGGCGUCCUCGUCCGGGCCGUCUAUGGUCCCGUUCCAACCCGGCUGCUGGAGCUGCAACGGCAUCGGGCGGAUAGAUGACGGGCAUAAUGGAUUUCCUGCUUGUCCCAAAUGCAGCGCGCUGACAGAGCCAUCGUCGUAUUAUUACCCCGAGACGUGGAACAGCGGCACGUACAGCAGCGCGGGCUAUCCAAGUUAG